CCAUCCAUCUGCCUCACGCUUCCACUCCAGUGGCCGCUCCUCUCCUCCCAGCGGCUUGCUCCGGCGACCGCCCCUCCUGUUGGCUGCCCGCCGCUGCAGAGCCUCCUGCGAGUGCCUCCUGCAGGGUCUGCUAGCGCCGCCGGCCAGCACUGCGCGGGGGCGUCGGGGCGGCCUGCGUGUGGGCGUGGGGGGCCUCGCUGCGCGCGCGACUGGGCGCGUGGAGGCCCCUCGCGGCGCGCGCGCGACUGAGGCGUGUGGAGGGCUGGAGGCCCCUCGCGGCGGGCGAGCCUGGGCCCGUGGAGGCCCCUCGCGGCACGCGUGAUCCGGCGAUUUCAGACAUAAUUGAUAGAAGAUGGAGACCCCUCGAUUCCUCAGUGACAUUUUCCCGCAGGAUCAAGCCGAUCUUUCUUGGAUUCCUAAUGGGAUGGAUGUCAAUUCGUCCUACAGACUUGCUAUGCGUGUAGGUGCUUAUGUGAAGUUUAAUGAUGAUGGGAGUCGCGGGUAUUGUAAUGCAUGUAACAUUCCAAAAAAUUUCGACAGAGAUAGCACAAAUUGGAACGAUUUGCUACUUGACAUUGGUGCUGAAAUUAAACUUGGCCAUAAACACAAGUUGUGUGUCACCUUUUGGAACAAAAUGAGUCGUGUUUAUGAAGAGAUUACUUCUGACCAGAAACUUCUUGAUGCAACUGAAAUUUAGAGCCUCCCAUUCAGAGCAGCGGGUAGACCAAGGGAGAGAAGGUACAAAUCAGCUGCAGAAGGUGGAAAUGGAAAGAGAACGACGAGAUGUAAAAGGUGCAAACAGCUUGGACAUAUGGAGAAAACUUGCAAUGAAUAUGUUUAUGAUUCUGACGCACCACCACUUGCUCCUCCAAAGCCAAAGAGAAAGAGAGUCAAGAAAAAAGUCACUUACAACUGACUUGCACCCCCAAUUUGCUACACCACCUAGACCAAUCACUUCUAUGCAAACAACCAGCCCUAUGACAAGAAGGAGAUUGCUGGAAGUAGAACCAUUUACACCAACUAGAGCUAUCAGUUAUGUGCAAACUCCUAGCCCUGUGACAAGAAGUCGUAAGAGGGUGUUGGAACUUGAAGGAUAUAUAGAACCUGUUGCAUGUCUUGCUCUUUCUCCAGUUGCUGGCACGCCGAAGGGAAGGGUAAAGAAGUUGAAGGUAGUUAGGUCUAAGAUGAAUUAAUCUUUGUAGUGUGCUAUUCAGUUAUGACUAUGUAAUGGUAGAGUACUUGAUGGUCAAGCGUGGCUGGAGAAGGUUAUUUUGUGACCUGUUCUAUUCUGCUGUUAAAAUAUGCCAUAUGUGGCUAAAACAUGUAAGUUUAGUGACCUGUUUGGUGAAAUAUGGUGUGUUUGAAGGGGUAAGGGUAAGUCUGUCCAGAAAUUGUGUUUAUGACCUCUUUGGGCUAGAAAUGAUAUUAUAUGAGUUAUAAUGUCCUGUGGCAAA